GAUACUCGCUUGUCAGGAUCACCUCAGCACUGCCCGCAUUGAAAGCGAGACAUUCAGAAAGUGUGCACUGAGGCCACCACUUCGACUGCUUAAUUUAUUAUCUCUCGCAUAUCUGUAGUAUAUCAACUUCAUGAAUGUUCUAAAAUGGGCCAAUCAGGGUCCAGGGAACGCGCGGACCAGUUAAACUUGCAUUCAAUUUCGCAGAGCCCAGCAGACCUGCGCUUGUCUGUGGUGAUUCCUACUUUAAAUGAAUCACAAUCGAUCGCUUCGACCAUUGAAAGUGUGAGGCGGGCAGUGGUAUCGCCAGUCGAGAUAAUUGUAGUGGAUGGUGGCAGCAACGAUGGCACGCCAAUGAAGGCGCGCAGCCUUGGAGCGAAGGUAUUGCAAUCUGAGCGUGGCCGCGGCAAGCAGCAGAACGCGGGCUGGCAGGCAGCGCGGGGGGAGUGGUGCCUCUUCCUCCACGCCGACUCACAAUUGCCGCCGCACUACGACCAGCUGAUUGCGUCAGCAGUGCAGUUCACCCAGUGCAGAGAUGGCAGCUCUAUACGCAGUCGCUGGGCGAGGCCGCGGGAGGCUGCGUGGUGGGCUAAAAGGAGCAGGAGCACCUGCACCAGUACGGGCAGCGGCAGCGGCGGUGGCGGCAGCACUAGCAGCCGCUGUGGGAGUGGCACGGCCAGAUCCAGGCAGGGAGACUCAGAGGUGGGGCAAGCAGCACUGGUCAGCAGCAGCCUGGCUAUUGGCAAUGUUUAUUCGUGUCGCUGCAGCGCCAGCGGGGGAGCAGCGUCAACGGCGACGGGGAGUAGCUGGGCGGCACGCAGAACAGGUCAGGGGUGUCUACUUUCACCAAGUGUAGCCUGCUGGGGAGCGUUCAAGACGAUAAGAACCGACCUUCGCAGUACGGCGCUGCGGGAGCUGCUUGCAGCGGGAGUGGAGCUGCGCACGCGGCUACGGCACCAGCCGUACGGCGACCAGGCGCUCUUCGUGCGGCGCGACGUCCUCCAGGCGACUGGCGGCUACAAGGAGUGGCCGCUGUUGGAGGAUCUGGAUCUUGUGCAGCGCCUGCGGCAGGCGGGGCCGCCCGUAAUCGUGGAUGCCCCUGUGUUCACGUCGGGCCGGCGCUGGCGAGAUGUGGGCUUCUUUCGCACCGCCCUCAUCAACCAGGGCAUCCUGCUGGCUUUUGCCGCCGGUGUGCCGCCGGAGACGCUGGCGGGCUGGUACCGCAAAGCUAAGCACCAAAUGCUGCUGUCACAGUAAUUGCAGACUCGGUAGUUGGGCUCCAGUCGCAUUCCACGUCACUGGCUCGUGAACUGCGUCAGCAGGUCCCUCUUGUAACCAAUGCAAUCUGGGCUGGCGGUGUGGGUGUUGGAGUGGGUGUCUCGACGUCUUGUAUGACGGCGUGAGGUUACUGACGUAGGAAAGCGCGAGAUUUUGAUGACGGGGUGACUAUUUAGUUUGCGGUGUGAGUGCGGCGCGGGUAUGAGUGUGUCAGAAAGAGAUAUGAGGUUGCAAUGUGUGGGCUGGCCCAAUGCCCAUGGUUGCCACGGCUGCGUGUAUUGCUGGGCGACGGUAGUAAGUAAUCCGAAUCACAACUAGAAACGAGAAUACAAAACCCGCCCGCAGGUUGUAAAAGAGGGGGAAA